UGCUCCAGCCUUAUUCAUUAUCCUUUGUUCUUUAGAGUGUGAUAUACUGCCUUAAAAGUAGAUGUAGAGAGAUAUAUAUAUGUGAAUGUGAUUUCUUUUCUUUUAAAUCUGUUUGUUGUGUACAGCAGGGCAAACACUUCUCUUGUCUUGGUUGGAUGCACAGAUCUGUGUGCAGUGCUUUCUACCCGUUGCCUAGACGAUCACUUGGUUUCUCUGAGGAUGUCUGGUUCUCGUAAAGAGUUUGAUGUGAAGCAGAUUUUGAAAAUCAGAUGGAGGUGGUUUGGCCAUCAAGCAUCUUCUCCUAAUUCAGCAGUUGACAGCCAGCAGGGAGAAUUUUGGAAUCGAGGACAGACUGGAGCAAACGGAGGGAGAAAGUUUUUAGACCCAUGUAGCCUGCAAUUGCCUUUGGCUUCAAUUGGUUAUCGAAGGUCCAGCCAACUGGAUUUUCAGAAUUCACCUUCUUGGCCAAUGGCAUCCACCUCUGAAGUCCCUGCAUUUGAAUUUACGGCAGAAGAUUGUGGCGGUGCACACUGGCUGGAUAGACCAGAAGUGGAGGAUGGCACUAGUGAAGAAGAAAAUGAAUCUGAUUCCAGUUCAUGCAGGACUUCCAAUAGUAGUCAGACAUUAUCAUCCUGCCAUACUAUGGAGCCAUGUUCAUCAGAUGAAUUUUUCCAGGCCCUUAAUCAUGCUGAGCAAACAUUUAAAAAAAUGGAAAACUAUUUGAGACAUAAACAGUUGUGCGAUGUAAUUCUUGUUGCUGGUGAUCGCAGAAUUCCAGCUCACAGAUUGGUGCUCUCCUCUGUCUCAGAUUAUUUUGCUGCUAUGUUUACUAAUGAUGUCAGAGAGGCAAGACAGGAAGAAAUAAAAAUGGAAGGUGUAGAACCAAAUUCACUGUGGUCCUUGAUUCAAUAUGCAUAUACAGGCCGCCUUGAAUUAAAGGAAGAUAACAUAGAGUGCCUGUUAUCUACAGCUUGCCUUCUUCAGCUUUCUCAGGUUGUGGAAGCAUGUUGUAAGUUUUUAAUGAAACAGCUUCACCCAUCCAACUGUCUUGGAAUCCGUUCUUUUGCUGAUGCACAAGGGUGUACGGAUUUGCAUAAAGUGGCUCACAAUUAUACUAUGGAGCAUUUUAUGGAAGUAAUUAGAAACCAGGAAUUUGUGUUGUUACCAGCCAGUGAAAUUGCAAAGCUCUUGGCCAGUGAUGACAUGAACAUUCCCAAUGAAGAAACAAUACUGAAUGCCCUUCUCACUUGGGUCCGUCAUGAUUUGGAACAGAGACGGAAAGAUCUCAGUAAACUUCUGGCUUAUAUCAGGCUCCCUCUUCUUGCACCACAGUUCCUGGCAGACAUGGAAAAUAAUGCCCUUUUCCGGGAUGAUAUAGAAUGUCAAAAACUCAUUAUGGAAGCAAUGAAAUAUCAUUUAUUACCAGAGAGACGGCCGAUGUUGCAAAGCCCUCGGACAAAACCUAGGAAAUCAACUGUUGGCACAUUAUUUGCAGUUGGAGGAAUGGAUUCAACAAAAGGAGCAACAAGCAUUGAAAAGUAUGAUCUCCGUACAAACAUGUGGACUCCUGUCGCGAAUAUGAACGGGAGAAGGCUGCAGUUUGGUGUUGCAGUGUUAGAUGACAAGCUGUACGUGGUUGGAGGAAGAGAUGGACUGAAGACAUUAAACACAGUGGAAUGUUACAACCCCAAGACAAAAACGUGGAGUGUGAUGCCCCCUAUGUCCACGCAUCGGCAUGGUCUUGGUGUGGCUGUGUUGGAAGGGCCCAUGUAUGCAGUAGGCGGGCAUGAUGGCUGGAGCUAUCUGAAUACGGUGGAGAGGUGGGACCCCCAGGCUCGCCAGUGGAAUUUUGUGGCAACCAUGUCCACCCCCAGGAGCACAGUCGGUGUGGCUGUACUGAGUGGAAAACUUUAUGCAGUUGGAGGGCGUGAUGGAAGUUCUUGUCUCAAGUCAGUAGAAUGCUUUGAUCCUCACACCAAUAAAUGGACACUCUGCGCACAAAUGUCCAAGAGGAGAGGUGGAGUCGGAGUAACUACUUGGAAUGGAUUGCUCUAUGCCAUUGGAGGACACGACGCUCCUGCAUCCAAUUUGACUUCCAGACUCUCAGACUGUGUGGAGAGAUACGAUCCCAAAACAGAUAUGUGGACUGCAGUGGCAUCCAUGAGCAUCAGCAGGGAUGCAGUGGGGGUCUGUUUGCUUGGUGAUAAACUGUAUGCCGUUGGAGGGUAUGAUGGACAGACUUACCUUAAUACAGUGGAAGCUUACGAUCCUCAGACAAAUGAGUGGACUCAGGUAUGGCAUCUUCACUGUUCAAGCUUUUUUGGUCAUUUUGGUAUAACAGAUCCUUUGUUUUCUCUGGUGUGGAAACUGGUAAUAUAA